CUUCGUCUUUUCAUUCGGAGACCCUUUCGUUCUGGCUUUUGAAUGAAUCAUUUCAUUUGCUUUCCUUCACUCAGCACACACCUUCAGAAGGAUUUCUCUCUCUCUCUCUCUCUCUCUCAGAGUUCUGUACUAUCAGGAAUUCACUAACUAAAUACUUCUAUUACCUAGCUAGUUUGAUUAAUACCCAUUUAGUCACCCUCUGAGAACAAAAUAUUUAAAAAUCUGAAAAAAGAAGACAUGUCAGGUGUAUCUCUUGCCGUGCCUCCUAGAUCGGAGCCCGACACAACCACCACAACCCCAGGAUCCAAACCCCAACAGAAACCGCUCCACCGCCAACAGCACCAGCAGUCUGCUGUAGGCGGUGUAAUGGGUUCACUGCGAGUAAUAGAGCUCCAACUCGUGGCCUUCAUCAUGGUUUUCUCGGCCAGUGGCCUUGUCCCGCUUUUUGAUUUGAUCUUCCCGGCUUUUGCCACCGCAUACCUUUUAGGCCUGUCACGCUUGGCGUUCCCUUCCCACGGCGCUGUCAGCACUGGCUCUCAGGAGAUUUUCCAUGGCAGCAGAUUCUUCAGGUUCUAUGUGAUUGUGGGAACCACAGUUGGGCUCUUCUUGCCGCUUGCAUACGUGUUGGGUGGCUUUGCGAGGGGUGAUGAGCACGCUGUCCGCUCUGCAACGCCUCACUUGUUCUUGCUUUCGUGUCAGAUUCUGACUGAGAAUGUGAUUAGCGGGUUGUCGCUGUUUUCACCGCCAGUGAGGGCAUUGGUCCCAUUGCUUUACACUGUCAGGAGGAUCUUUGUCGUCCUUGAUUGGAUGAAAGAUGUUUGGCUUAACAAAACUCUGCCUGCCAAUGCACAGUUUAAGGAUGUUGCAUGGUUUUGGUUUGGGAGAAGCCUGGCUGUAGCCAAUUUCUUGUAUUUCUCGAUCAACCUGUUCGGGUUUUUGAUCCCUCGAUUCCUUCCGAGAGCGUUUGAGAGGUACUUCAGGGAGAGGGAUGAAGUUGGGGCCAAGAUGGUAGAGGACAAGCGCUCCGCCGCAGCAAAUAAGCCGGAACCAUUUGCAAAUAAGAAAAGUGAUUGAUUUCGGGUUUGGUGCCAUAUAUAUUAUAUACUACGAUUUUCGGUUUUCCUUAAAUGAUCCUGGCAGGACGACCGUUCAGCUCUCAAAAUAAUUGGAGGUACCAAAAUUAUUAGGGGUAUAUUUAUAUAUGUUUUUUUUAAGAGUAUAAAUUUAUAAAAUUUGAUUCAAAUGACAAAGAAAUUGAACUAGAA